UGUAAAAUGUACACUUCCGGAAAGGAAUCGCAAGUUGUUCGAUCGUUUGCAUUAUCGCUACGUACAUAACCGAAUGUGUGCUUUCCUUUAAGCAUUGUCAGUGUUUACUUCCAGUAGGCAUAAUUCAUUAAAGACAAAUUUGGGAGUAACUGUCUGCUCACAAUGGGAUCUAAAAAACACAAGGAAAGAGACAAGGAUCAUAAAAGGAAACGCCGGCACAGGUCAAGAUCGCGAUCAAAAGAAAGAAAACGACAUCGUGGCGACGAACGUUCUGAACAAGGACCGGAGAAUAACUAUGAAGAUGACAACUAUGGGAGGGAUAUAGAAACAUUUGAUUAUAACCAUGGUUCUUCACAACAUGUUGAAAAAUCACAACCCCCAUCAGCAUCAGGAGGAGGUGAAGCUUCCUUAAGCAUUGCGGAGACAAAUCGAAUCCGAGCCAAACUAGGACUGAAGCCACUGGAGGUUAAUUCAGGAGUGUCCAAAGAUAGUGAAAAAAAAAGUGGUGAAGAUGUGCACAAGCCUGCCAUUAGCAUCACUCAGGAAAAACAAACGCAAAAGUUGCGUGAAAAGAUGGAACGGAUGAAGGAAAAGAGGAGACUUGGUGAAAAAUUAAGCAAAGUGAAAACACUGGGAGAAAGUGAUUCGGAGGACGAUAUGGUUACCUGGGUGAGGAAAAACAGAAAAACAGAGAAAGACCGAGAAAAGGCAGAAAAGACUGCAAAAAUGUUGGAGGAGAUGGACCAGGAGUUUGGUAUUGGUAAUCUUGUGGAUGAGGAAUUCAGUGUUAAACCUAGGAAUAAUUACACCUCCAAGGACCUGAAGGGUCUGAAGGUACAGCACAACACAGAGCGAUUCAAGGAGGGCAAGACAGUCAUCCUGACACUUCAGGACAAAGGCAUCUUGGAUGAAGACGGAGAUGAUACACUCAUUAAUGUCAAUAUGAUUGAUGAUGAGUUCACAGAGAAAAACUUGGAGAAUAAAAAGAAGAAGCCAGAGUAUCAGCCUUACGAUGAAGCUGAUAAGGAUGAGUACGGAACGUUUAAACCUGUAAAUGUUUUGGAGAAAUAUGAUGAAGAAAUUGAGGGUUCAAAAAAAGACAAAUUUACACUAGAGUCAGGAGGGAAGUAUGACACAGAGCAAGAUAGACAGAUGGAAAAAAUACGAGAACAGCUUCAGCAACAGAGUCAUAGUCUUGGACUGGGAGUGUCUUUACACAUGGCCAAAGAAUACUUCACCCCAGAAGAAAUGGCAGCAAAAGCCUCUUUUAAGAAACGGAAGAAAAAAGAUAGAAAAAUCCGAAAGAAGCAAGUGUUUACAGCAGAUGACCUUCAACCCCUGGAAGAUGAUUCAGCUGAUUUUGGUUCAAGAUCUCGUGGACAAGGGCGACAAGAAGUGCCAGAAGUAAAGCCAGAAGCAGAACAGUCCUGGUACGACACAUCUCAGCCAACAGAUGCAGGCCUGUCCAUGGCUCCAGUAGUUAUUGACUACGGCCAUCAACAUAUUAUUCCAGGGCUGGACAUUCCAGUUGUGAAACAAGAAAUCAUGGAGACUGAGCCUGUCAUUGUGCCAGAUGAGGAUGAAUUAAAUGAACCCAAUGAAGACUUGUCGAGUGUACCGUUUCUGGAGGAUGAAGCUGAGAAUGAAUUACAGAGUGCUUUGUCAAAGGCACGGCGAAUCAAACUGACAAAAGACAAGUCUAAGAUACUGAAGGUAGCAGCUCAGAUUGCCGAAGAGCGAGCCAUCAAGAUAGAACAGGAAAUGGAUGAUGAUAAGGAGGAGACCAACAUAGUACUCAAUUCGACAUCCGAGUUUUGUCGGACACUUGGCGACAUCCCCACCUACGGUCAGUCCGGUAACCGUGACGAGGAGAAGGAAGAACUCAUGGAUUAUGAACGAGAGCUCAUGGAAGACAGGAAGAGACAAGAGGAGGAAGAAGCAACUGGAUGGAACAGAGUUGAGAUUGACGAAACGCCCGUGGACAUUCAGGGAGAGGAGAAGGCCGUCUUGGAUGAUGAACCAUUGGUAAACCAGGGUGUUGGGGCUGCACUGGAGCUGGCAAUGAAAAAAGGCUACCUACAGAAGGAGGUCGUUAAGCAGAACACAUCGGCCAAUCGUGAAGAGCUGGAGGCACAGAACUACUCUAUAGAAGACAAACGCUAUGAUGACAUUGAUGACAAGUAUAGAAAGCGUGGUGAACGGUAUGGAGGUGGUGGUAUGUUGACGGACUUUAAGGAAAAAGACUCCUACAAGCCUGAUGUUAAGUUGGAAUAUGUGGACAACGAUGGACGUAAAUUGAAUGAAAAGGAGGCUUUCCGACAGUUGUCUCACAGAUUCCAUGGAAAGGGCUCGGGCAAGAAAAAACAGGAAAAGAGACAGAAGAAAAUUGAGGAAGAGCAGUUGAUGAAGACAAUGAGCUCCACUGACACUCCUCUAGGCACACUGAACCUACUAAAGGAGAAACAGAGACAGGAGAAGUCGUCCUACGUAGUCCUCACCGGCAACAAGGGCUUCACAUCAAAUUCCAUUGUGAAAAACUAGGAACAAAACUGUACAUCUACAAUCUCUGACCUCGGAGCCAAAUGGUGCAGAAGGUUUUGAGGAGGUAGAUAGGAGCUGUGACUUCUGACAAAUACGCGAGGAAAAGCAGUUUGACAAACGACAGUGGUUCUGAGCAGAAUCCUUGGUGUCAGCUGUGCCGGUGAAAGGGAAAAUUCCUCCCUUUAUCCUUGGACAGAAACAGAGAGGAGAAUCCUUGGUGUCAGCUGUGCCGGUGAAGGGAAAAUUUCUCCCUUUAUCCUCGGACAGAAACAGUGAGGAGAAAGAUUUUUCUCAGGAAGAGAUUCCUGACCUGAUUAACUGGUGUUUAACAAAGCCAGGAAUAGUGCCUGUUCCUCCAUCGUCAAGUGACUGAAAUGUAACGGCAGAUGCUUAGGCUACACCCUUACUGGUGAAUUUGUGAAUAAGGCCUGUUCCUUUGGACCAAAAGCUACAUUAACUGAUGGUCUUGGCAAGGUCAUUUAAGGCUUGCAUUAAUCUUCAAAGAUUUGCCAUGUUUUACACCUGGAAAUGUGGCAUCAAAAAUGAGAAUCAUUGACUUGGUCCAGACAUUAAAAUGUAUAAAGUUCCUUAGUGAAUCUAUGACAUGUUAUACAUUAAUUUGAAAAAACACAUGAUUUGUUCUUAAACAUGGUAAGCUGGUACAUGUUUAUCUGUCUAUCUUGGCAUUAGUGAUACAAUGUGUUGCCGUAAUAAAUGGUCCCCUGAAGUCAGUUAGUUUGGAACGUUUCUGACAGUUAAAUACAGAUUUUGUGUAGUUUUUUUUGUUUUUUUUGUUUUGUUUUGAUAUACCAUGCAAAAAGUUUCUGAAAUGUUAACACUUACUUAAAUUUCACAAGAAAAAACAAUUGUCUCAAAAAUAUGCUUGUUUCUAUAAGUAACUUGCACUUGUGUAGGAGUGCACAUGCUUAAUUAGGUGAUCAUGUACUGUAUUUCUAUCAGAUGUGUCUUAUGAAUUGUAAGGCUAUGUGGAUAAUGAAAACCAGCACGUCUCACCAGUACGUUUCUUGUAAAUAACAAAGUUUAUGGUUCGUAAGAUUUUCCUUGGCUUAAGUAAUUAAUUUCCUAGUUAAGGAAUAAAUCUUAGUUGAUAUGUUUUACGAAUCUGAAGCCAGGUAAAACACAAUCAAUAUAUGUCUUGAUAAAUAAUAAAACAAGAUCCCAUGUGAAAUGAAACAUACUUCACAAGGGAAAAACCCUGCAGAUUUGAAUAUUUUACAUGUAUCAUCAUAGAGUCAUGUUUAAAUGUUACAUCACAAUUAAAACAUGUUAUCAAGUUAAUUGUGAGGCUGUAUUUGAUAGUUUCAGAUAUGCGGAACAACCGGUUUAUUUGUUUUAACAUUUUCGGGUAUAAAUCUGGGCGGACCUGAUUACUAGGUCAGACCUUAUUUUACAAACCAACAAAGUUGGUCCAACCGUUAAGAUCAUGAUAAACAAAAGUGGCCGAGACCAUGUAGAUUUCAUUGAUAACAGAUACAUGUGUAUUUCUAUCCUGAGUAUACCACCAUUUGUUUUGACCAUCUGAUUUGAAACAGCUUGUUUUCAAUAAAAUAUAUGUA